CUGUGGCUGGUUGUUGAGCUUCAGGGGACAGGGUGAUUUGAGGCAGGGACGGGGAGAAAGCGGGGGCCCCCCAAGCCCACAGUGACUUGGCUCCAGGGGAUCGAGGAGCAGCGUUUGACCUGGAAGGCUCAGACCCACACACCCUGGGCAUUAAUGAGCGAUAGGAAAUGCUCCAAUGUUACGGCUGGGUUCCCGGACUUGCAGUGUGCCUUUGGGCUGUGGUCCCUGCUGGGCGUGGUGACCCUGUUGCUCCUUUUGGCACUGGCUGAACACCUAAUCCGAUGCACCAGAAAAAAGAACAAGGCUUUGCCGGGACAGGACAGCCCCGAGAAGCCUGUGGAAGAGGUACCACUGUAUGGGAACCUGACGUACCUGCAAACAGGGCGGCUACCGCAGAAGCCAGGGCCAAUUCUUCAAGAGCAAUCAGCAGGAGACAUCCCCCGAGUGGGAGAGGAGGCAAUGUGCUAUGCCAGCCUACAGCUGCAGCCUCCUCAGGGCCGCCCCCCAGGACCCAGUGCGGGGCCCCCCAUCAAAUACUCAGAGGUGGUGAUGAUGCUGGAGCCUGAGCAGUCUGCCCCCAAGCCCCGGCUCCCGGAGCCCGAACUCUAUGCUUCGGUGGGCUCCCAGACCCGCCGGGCAGCCUUCCCUAACGAGGACUAUGCCAACAGCCAGCCAGGAGACGAGUGACAGGACCCAGAUCCCAGCACCAGACGCAUCUGGGGAGGGGCCAUCGUCCGUAGGAAGAAGUCCCAUCUUGACCUUCCCUUCCGACCCACAGUUGUUUUAGUUUGAGUUAUGACCAUGGGACGUAGCGGGGGAGCGUACCCCACAACAGGUGGCGGCCUCUCUCCUUACUAGGAGGCGGGGGAGGCUUCUAGCCUGGACAAGACACCCACUCCACCUUCAAACCCCCUGCUUUCAUGAACCCUCCCAUCCCUGUCCCUCUUGAGGUUAACCAGUUCCGGCCCCAACUCCCCUCCUCCAGUUUCUUCAGAAAUACAGGAAGUGGUGGCGUGAUGAGGGGCGGGGGCAAGCACACACAGCUGUGAAAAGACCUAAGGGCCCAGGGCAGAGAGAGCAAGCACAGGUGUGAGAGCUCCUGUGAGCCAGCAUGUCUGCAGGUUAGGGGGGAGCCAGGGUCACUCUGACCCGGGACAAGUACAAUGACGGUGUCUGCAGCCUUCGUCCUCAGC